UAUCUCAGUGCUAUGGGAAGCAGGUGCCUGCUCCUGCUCUCAGGUCUCAGUGUCCUGCUGGCUCUGUCAGGAUCAGAUGUCAAGAAUUCUGGAGCUUUCUGUCCCAUAUGCCCUGAACAUGCCAACUGCUCCAACAGCACCCACUGUGCUUGUAAAGAUGGAUUUCAGUCUCCGUCUGGGAGGAGGUACAUCAAGCCCCACGAGAAAUGUGAAGAUAUUGAUGAGUGUAAGGUUGGGCUGGCAAAGUGCAAGAAGGAAUCAUACUGUGGAAAUGAAAUUGGAAGUUACUACUGCAGCUGUUUCUCAAAUCGUAUCUUGAACUGGCUGGCUAGGUUCAUAAAAUUUUAUGAUGAAGCAUGUUAUGGGGGCACCAGUGAGGAGACAACAUUCUCAGGGAACAUUCAGGAAAUUCUGAGGAACAACAGAAACAAAGAGCACAUUGCAAAAAUGGCUACCCAAAUAUUUCAAAAAAUGGAAGUGAUCAUAUGGACUGAAGGUUUAGCUUCUCCAGGAAAGCAUGAUAAUUCUACACUUGGUAUAGUCUAUGAAAUCAAGAGGUGCAAUGAGACAAGUGAGAAGACUGUUCUGGAAGCUGGAAAUAACACUAUGGAUAUCAACUGUACUGAUGCUUUCAAAGGAACCAUAGGAGAUAGAAGUGCAGUUGCGCUUAUCACUUAUCAGUCUCUUUGGGAUAUUCCGAAUGGAUCCUUUUUUAAUGAUGGAAGAGGGACACAGGAAAUGAAACUGAACUCUCGUGUCGUGAGUGGCACCAUUAGUACAAAGAAAAAAGUGUAUCUGUCUGAACCUGUGUUCCUGACCUUCCAACAUAUUCAGCCUGCUGGUGCAAGAACAAAACAUUUCUGUGUCUACUGGAAAGGAUCAGAGGAGGGGGGCACCUGGUCGACAGAGGGCUGCUAUCAUGUGGACAGCAACGAUUCACACACCAAAUGCAAGUGCUUCCACCUUUCCAGCUUUGCUGUCCUCAUGGCUCUUGUUCCCAAGGUGGAUCCUGUGUUGACCAUGAUCACCUAUGUGGGGCUGAGCCUCUCUCUGCUGUGCCUCCUCCUGGCAGCCCUCACCUUCGUCCUGUGCCGACCCAUCCAGAACACCAGCACCUCCCUCCACCUGCAGCUCUCCAUCUGCCUCUUCCUGGCCCACCUGCUCUUCCUUAUAGGGAUUAAUCAAACUGAGCCUAAGGUGCUGUGCUCCAUCGUUGCAGGGGUGCUGCACUACCUCUACCUGGCCUCCUUCACCUGGAUGUUCCUUGAAGGGCUGCACCUCAUCCUCACCGUUAGGAAUCUCAAGGUGGCCAACUACACCAGUGCAGGCAAAUUCAAGAAGUUCAUGUACCCUUUAGGCUAUGGGAUUCCAGCUCUCAUUGUGGCUGUGUCUGCAAUAGUAGGACCCCAAAAUUAUGGAUCACAUACUCACUGCUGGCUCAAGCUCAAUAAAGGGUUCAUCUGGAGUUUCAUGGGGCCAGUGGCAGUCAUUAUCUUGAUAAACUUGGUGUUGUACUUCCAAAUUCUGUGGAUUUUGAGAAGCACACUUUCCUCCCUCAAUAAAGAAGUUUCUACCAUUCAGGACACCAGAGUCAUGACAUUUAAAGCCAUUGCUCAGCUAUUUAUCCUGGGCUGUUCUUGGGGCCUUGGCCUUUUUAUGGUUGAAGAGGUCGGGGAAGUGAUCGGAUCAGUCAUUGCAUACACAUUCACCAUCAUCAAUGUCCUUCAGGGUGUUUUGCUCUUUGUGGUACACUGUCUCCUUAAUCGCCAGGUGCGAAUGGAAUACAAGAAGUGGUUUAGUGGGAUCUGGAAAGGGGUUGAAACUGAAAGUAUUGAGGUAACACAUUCUACGACCCAAACCAAAACGGAGGAACCAGGGACGUCAUCAGAAGUCUUUCCCAGAAGAGAUGCUCCUUCUGUGCAACCUCAGCAUCAGACUCCUAUCUCUGCUUUUUGGCUAAGAACAUAAAACUGAGCUGCUUCUGGACAGCGCCCCCUGUGGUCACACGUGGAUUGGACAAAUGCCACCAUCUGUAUCUUCCUCCUGAAAGCAGUUCUGAGGCCUUACUCUAUUGGCUUCUAGGUCCUUAGAAAGAAGGGGUCAUGGGGAGACCUCUGAGACCCAUACCCAGUAUUGUUUAUCACAUGCCAUUAAAUGUUCAAGGAAUAAUUUUUAAUAA